AUGAUGUUUCUGCAUUCUUUGUGGUUCAUCCUAUUUGCAGCUUUGUUGGGUGGAUAUGCUUUUGUCUUUGGAUUUCUUUGGAGAGUGAAUGAAUGGUACUAUGUUUCAAGGGUGAGAAGAAACAUGCAACACCCUCUUCCACCUGGUCAUCUGGGUUGGCCUUUCUUGGGGAACAUGCUCACCUUCUUCAAAGCUUUCAAAUCUGAUCCUGAUUCUUUUAUCUAUGAUCUUGUUUUCAGAUAUGGCAGGACUGGUAUGUACAGAACAUUCUUAUUUGGAAGCCCUAGCAUCAUCGUGUGCACCCCAGAAACAUGUCGUAGGGUUCUCACAGAUGAUGAACAACUGAAGCUUGGAUACCCUGCUUCCACCACCUCCCUCUUUGGAAAGAGAUCGUUCCAUGGCAUCUCAAAUGAGGAACACAAGCGUCUUCGUCGUUUAACCACCUCUCCCAUAACUGGCCACGAGGCAUUGUCCAUGUACGUAGGUCUCAUAGAAGAUGCUUCUGUCAAAGUGCUGGAAGAGUUGUCUAGCAUGAGCACUCCUUCUGAGUUCCUCACAGAGUUGAGAAAGUUCGCUUUUAAGAUCAUCACCACCAUUUUCAUGGGCUCUGAUUUUCACCAUGUGGAUCUUGGCUUGGUCGAAAACUUGUACAGAGAUUUCAGUCGUGGAAUUAAGUCACUGCCUAUCAACCUCCCAGGCUUUGCUUUCUAUAAAGCAGUCAAGGCACGAAAGAAGUUGACGAAGUUGCUGCAAGGUGUGGUGGAGCUAAAGAGAAGGAGCAACAGUAGAAAAAGAAAGACGAAAAGGGAUAUGAUGGAUUCAUUGAUGGAAGUGAAAGAUGAAGAGGGUAAGCAGCUGGAGGAUGAAGACAUUAUAGACUUACUUCUGGUGUUCUUGUUAGCUGGCCAUGAAAGUUCUGCUCAUGGAAUAUUGUGGACUAUCAUCUACCUCACACAACACUCACAUUUCUUCCAAAGGGCUAAGAAAGAACAAGAAGAGAUCAUGCAAGCAAGACCCUCCACUCAGAAAGGACUGAACAUAAAGGAAAUUAAGCAAAUGGAAUAUCUUUCAAAGGUUAUCCAAGAGAUGCUGCGCAAAACAUCUAUCUCGUUUGCGAAUUUUAGACAGGCAAAGGUUGACCUCAGCAUCAAUGGUUUUACUAUACCAAAAGGAUGGAAAGUUCUGGUUUGGAACCGAGGGGUGCAUAUGGACCCUGAAACUUACAACAAUCCAAAGGAAUUCGAUCCUUCCAGAUGGGAAAAUCACACAGCAAGAGCAGGUUCUUUUAUUCCAUUUGGAUUAGGAAGCAGAUUUUGUCCUGGGAGCGACCUUGCCAAACUAGAGAUCACUAUUUUCCUCCAUCAUUUUCUUCUUAACUACAGGAUGGAGAGAGUUAACCCAGAUUGUCCAAUCACAUAUCUACCAUUGCAAAGGCCCUUAGAUAACUGCUCUGCAAGAAUUGUAAAACUCACAUAAAUCAUGGGAUACAUAUACUUCAAAAUGAUCGUGAAAAGUUAUAGAAAAACAAAAAAAACUGUAGAGAGUGAUUUGAUCAAAUUACAUAAGUUGCAAAUAGUUUUGCAAAGCUUGUAUACGUGAA